AUGAUUGAUCCUGCAUCGGCGUUCUGUGUUGGAGUUUAUUUCUUAGGUGUUGGCGUUGUUAGCUCUGUUUUGUACAUUCCAAUAAGUCUGAUGCAAGCAAUGGAGUCGUAUCGAUUAAAUGAGGUUAACAAAGAUGAUACUCAAGACCUCGAUCAAUUAAGUAUUGACAACACAUAUUGUGUAGGCAAAACUAGUGGACUAUUGAAAAGGAAAGUAUUGUGCAGUGUUGUUAGUAAUAAAAGAAAAGGUGACAUUCUAGAAGACCAGAUUAAACCUUAUGUUUUGAGAUACCCAUUAGUUCUUGUUGAGGAUCAUCUGGGACAAUGUAAUAAGGGAAAUUUUUCAGAUAAGGAUGCAAUUGAAGACUCAAUUUCUGAAUCAACAUGUCUAUCUACUUCAUCAGUAGAGUCAGCUUCAUCGUGCAGUGCUAUGGAGUCAUCCUCACCCAUAACACUCUCAUCCUCUGACUUUGUCAUGGAUGACUUGUCUUUGGCUCUUGAUAUUGCAACAAUACCAGAAGAUCCAAGAAAUGUAGCUUGGUUUAGAAUGUGA